UCUACUGCCUGCUUAGUCAUCUGUGCGCACUGCACAUACUGUGCAAGUGCAUGGAAAAGUAUAUCUUGCACAGUUACACUUACACCUGCUAUUAAGCGUAAUAAUUUUAAACUGCGUCUGUUCAACACUCGAAGUUCGUGGAAGACACCGGUUUCCAUUGUGCCAGAAAGAACGCCGCUGUCGAAGUCAUUGGCAGUAAAAUGCGGUACAGCUACUCACAAGCGGAAUUUAUUGGCAAGGGAGCAUUUGGUGUUAUCCACAAAGCCAGAGUUGUAAAGCGGGCGGGCUUCACCGGAGCAGAUGCGAUAGCUGUCAAAGUUAUACGUAUCGCCGCUAAUUCCGGAGUAAUGACGAGCGAAGAAAGCUGGAAGAAAGUCGUGAGCAGAUUGCGAAAGCUACGUGGACUACUGCACAAACAUCUCGUUCUUUACCACAAAGUCACCAUAACCAGAGCGUCCGGCGGAGCCACAGUUGAGCUGGCAAUGGAUGUCUACGACUGCGACCUUGCCUCCUUUUUACGGGAGGCCAAGAAGAAAAACGUGCUAAGCGACGAAAAAGUUAUUCGAUUUGCCAAGAACAUAACCAAAGGACUGCACUUCUUGCAUCAGAAUAACAUAAUACAUGGCGAUUUAAAGCCAGAAAACAUCCUGAUGAGAAUUUUCCCGAAUAACCGGGAAAGGCUUUUGAUCGGUGACCUAGACGAUCUGGUGCAAAUGCAAGAGAGCGUCACUUGUUCCGGAGAUAUCUCGCAGCUGCGCGGUACGAUACGUUACAUGUCUCCGGAAAUGCUAAAAAAAUUUGCUCAAAUGAAAACCGAGGAUCCUGGGCGAAAGACCGAUAUCUGGAGUCUGGGUUGUAUGAUUCUGGAGAUGGCUGAGUGCUGCCAGCGCCUUGAUCAAAGAAGAUUGGUGAACGAGAGAAAAAUAAUAGAGGUUGGAGAUGAUAUACCGAAUCAUCGGUAUGCCAACCUGAUUAUGGACGGAUACGCGCCGUUUGUGAGCGACGUCAUAGUGGAAGACCUUGCAAGGCUUAUCGGACACUGCUUGCAACGCCGUAGCACGAACAGAAUAUCGGCAGAAGCCCUGUUGCGUAAAUUGUGGAAGUAUCAGGGCCUAGUAUUUUUUUAUACCGGUCGCAUUCAAGAAGAAUGUGGGAUACCUCUUGUUGUAUUCGAUCCUUCGACUGGGUCCUUGCAUACUCGGACUCUACCUUGCCCAUCAUCGACAACGGACAGCAAAUUAUUAAAGGGGUAUUAUUCUUCAUAUUGCAUAGCGGCCACCGAAACCGAAGUAAUAGUCGCGACCCGGAUAAUUCCUGACUGGGCUUCUCAUUCUGAAUCGCACUUCCAGCGUGUCGAUGAAGAAACGGGGCGUGUUUUGCGCCCUUUACCUGAUAGCCCAGUUUGCACAAGCGCUGUCGCUAUAGAAGACAAGCUUUAUUUCUGGGAUUUAGGACAUGAAAGAUUCGUGGCAAAGGACGUCACUACUGGUAGCGAUGUAUCGUUGGAAACUCCCGGAAAAGGGUUUUCAUCAGCUCAGAUAGUGGGAAUAUUCGGUAAACGGAUACUGUAUGCCACACAUGACGAGUUAUAUUCGUACGAUACCGUAAACAAUAACUGGGCGUUCGUAUGGAAAUGGCCAAUCAACCGACGCUGGAGUUAUGCUGCGACGGUGGUAAAUGGAUGCAUAUACGUUUUGGGUGGAAACAUGCCACAGCUGCUACCUGACAACCAUGGUCGCCCAACAGCAACCUGCUUUCGCUUGCAAAUUGAAACGGCUACGCGUGAAGAAUUAGAGGCGCUGAAGCGGCCAAGAUAUGACCAUGUCGCCCGUGUUAUCAAGAACCGCAUUUACAUCUGCGGUGGCCGGCAUUCCGCUUACGAGUACGCCGCUACAAUAGAGUUCUACGAUAUGAAACAUAAAGCAGGAUGGUCAGUCGUCAGUCUAUCGGCAAGCGAUCAGCAACUGCUGCCUUGGAUAUCCGGAUCUGCUUGUGAAAGGCUGGGAAAUUGCUGGAAUGUGGCUGCAAUGUAUGUUAAUAUAGAUAGCGACGGUUCUACUGAACAAGAUUCCGUCAGUACUUCUAUAGUGCGGCAGCAGUUGCUGCCUUGCGUUUCGGGGCAUGUUCGUGAACGGCUGGAAGAGGACAGGAAUAUGGCUGCAAUGUAUGUGAGUAUAGACUGCGACGUUUCUGUAGAAAAAGAUUCCAUCAGUACAGACCAGCAGCUACAUUGCGUAUCGGGUCCUGGUUGUGAAAGGGUGGGAGAGGACAGGAAUGUGGCCGCAGUGUAUGUGAAUAUACCUAGACUGCGACGCUUCUGCUGAAAAAGAUUCCAUCCGUACACCGCAGCAGCAGCUGCUACCUUGCGUAUCGAGACUUGGUUGUGAAAAUUUGGUAAUGUAAAUGUCAGGAAUG